AUGGUGAUUGCAGUGUCCAGUGAUCUCACCAUACCAUCUCUACAUCUGGACUCGGUCAGGGUGAUUGGAUUGGACUCCUGCACUGCGCUGACAGUAGAGAACACCAACUCCUUUGUCGUGUUCAGGUUCCCAUUGUCCUGUAGCACAGCAAAUCAGGUGCCCAACGGUCCAAUGAGCUAUAGGGCUACUAUUGAAUCUAGAAGACAAAUACAGACAUGGAGGGGAUCUUCUAUCACUAGGGACAGUACAUUGAGGGUGACUGUGCAGUGCAGCUUCCUUCAAACUGGUAUUGUUCCACUGCUGAACUUUACGGUGAACACUUUGCCACCACCUCUUCCUGUUAGUACAUCUGGUCCUCUUGAGCUGGAGAUGAGGAUUGCACAAGGUCUCGACUAUGCUUCAUACUACACUGAGCAACAGUACCCUGUGGUCAAAGUGCUCAGAGAACCAAUCUACCUGGAGGUCCGCAUCACCGGCAGAUCAGAUCCAAACCUGGUCCUUGUCUUAAAUGACUGCUGGGCCACCAACUCUGCAGAUCCCUCACGUCGUCCUCAAUGGCCCAUCUUGUUUGACAGGUGCCCCUUUAAUGGAGACAACUACAUGAGCCAGCUGAUUCCUGUUGGAGCUCCUUCACAGGCUGUAGCUAUACCAAGCUACUACCAGCGCUUUGUGGUCAGCACUUUCACAUUUGUGGACUCCACCACCCAGCUUGCCCUUGGAGACCUGGUAUACUUCCACUGCAGUGCUUCUGUUUGUGUUCCAUCUGCCAUGGACAGCUGUGUGGCUUCUUGUGGUCCAAGGAGAAGUGAGUAUUGGUGUAAACAUUUUUUCAUACAAAUUUUAAACCCUUAA